UCCAUCAACUCUAGCUAGCUACCUCUGGUUCUUCCAUGGCUGUACAAAGUGGAGAGAAAUUGCCCAUGUUUAUCUGGUCCAACCCAAGGAAUAGAUGGACCUUGCUGGUGCUUAGAUUGCUGGCAUUUCUUGCUGCAGCAGCUGCAACUCUUGUCAUGGUUCUCAACAAACAAACCAAAACUUUCGUGGUCGCCACAAUUGGAACCACCCCUCUCAAGCUUACUCUCACUGCCAAGUUUAACCACACCCCAGCAUUUGUGUUCUUUGUUAUGGCUAAUGGACUGGUGAGCAUCCAUAACUUGGUGAUGAUAAUGGUGGAUCUGUUGAGGAGCAAGUUGGAUUACAAGGGCUUCCGCUUUCCCAUGGUUGCUAUUUUGGACAUGCUGAACGUGGCAUUGUUAUCUGGUGGAGCAAAUGCGGCGGUGUUCAUGGCGGAGCUGGGGAAGAAUGGCAAUUCUCAUGCGAGGUGGGACAAGAUUUGUGAUAAAUUUGGGACGUACUGCGACCGUGGUGCCGGAGCUCUUAUUGCCUCAUUUCUUGCACUGGCUUUCAUGCUUCUCGUUUCCUUCAUCUCUAUCCUUAAACUUGCAAACUCAUCGUCCCAUAUUUCUCACAACAAUAAUUAACCCUAAACCUCAAACCAUUCCCAUGGACUCUAUUACUAUUUCAUACUAGUUUUCUGUUUUACUUUUCAAAUCUAUGUCCUACUAUUCUUCUUCAA